AUGACACGUGCUGAAAGGGAAGCACUAUCACAACGUAUCUGCAACUUCUACAUUGAUUCAGCUAAUAAAUCUGUGAAAACUACAUAUGGAAAUUCGAAUGACCUGCCGCGAAGUGGUCGUCCACUCAAAUUAUCUGAUACGAAACUACAAAGUAUUGUUAAAUUGGUAAACAAUAGAACCGGUGUUAGUCAACGCAAAAUAGCAAAAAAAUCUCAUGUACAUCAGUCAACGAUUUCCCGUAAUCUUCGAAGAAGAACAUCGAUUCAUAUUAGAAAACGUCGAAUUGCUCCGAAAAUGGAUAGUGAAGAUCAAGAAAAACGAUCACAAAAAAAUUGUGGCAAACUCUAUCGUAAAUUGUUAUCCAAUUGUGAUCUGAUCUUAGAUGAUGAGAAAUUUUUCAAACUGAAUGGAGACAACGUGAAUUGUAAUAGAUUAUUUUAUUCUACUAAUCCAGCUACAGCACCAACAGAUAUUAAAUUUUGA